AUGCUGAGGCAGUACAGUCGGGAUCAGAAAACUGCCCCUAGUCCGGAACGAUUGGCCCCUCAACCAAUGCGGGGCCUGUCAGAGCGGCCAUGGCCGAUCAUGGGCUGCUCAUUGGCUGCAUGUUUGUUGAUCGGACUGAUGUAUUUGCUCCAGUCAUCCAUCUUUCUCGGGCCCUUGAUUUUACCUGGGGGGCAUCAUGAAAACAUUCAGGAAGAUGAGGCCAUCACUGCUCGACCGCGGAUAGAGCUUCACCCGGAGGAUCAUGUGAACCGGGCACCCGCGACUCAAUAUUUGGAUUGGCGUGUGACCUCGGAUUUUCGGAGACCGGACGGCGUAUUGAAGCGGGUCUAUCUCAUCAACGGCUUGUUCCCGGGACCGACGGUGGAGGCCCGCUCUGGUGACACGUUGAUCAUUACUGUUACCAAUGCCUUGCCGGAUGAGCCGAUUGCUCUCCAUUGGCACGGCCUUCAUGUGGCUAAUGCCAUGGAUGGUGCAGUGGGGAUUUCACAAUGUCCCAUCACUUCUGGAGGACAUUUUGUUUACAAUUUGACAAUUCCAUCCGAUCAGAGUGGCACUUUCUGGUACCAUGCCCAUUCAGGGGUCUCGCGGGCUGAUGGCCUUUAUGGUGGGCUAGUCGUCCAUGCACCAGCUUCCAAAUCGACCGCUCCGGGCUUAAUGCCCCGGAGGCGUGAUAAUCUCCCCCGUUACACCUAUGACAGAGAACUUUUGCUUCUCAUUGGGGACUGGUACCAUCGCCCUGCGGGUGAUGUUCUUGAAUGGUAUAUGGACCCAGGGAACUUUGGAAACGAGCCUGUUCCAGAUUCCAUGCUCAUUAAUGGAGCAGGGUAUUUUGACUGCAAGAUGGCGGUGCCUGCUAGGCCGGUGGACUGCAUUGAUCAGCAAGUGAACAAUUCAUUUAUCAACCUCGAUCCUCAUGCGACAUAUCGAAUCCGCGUGGUCAACACUGGAGCUCUAGCCGGGUUGAGUCUCGUUUUCGACAACCAUCUCCUGGACCUGCUUCAGGUGGAUAGUGUCGAUGUGGCACGCCCCAAAGAGAGAAAUAUAAAUUCUAUCGGUGUACUCUUCCCAGGGCAACGCGUGGAUUUUAUCCUUCGGCCAUUAUUACAGACCUCUGAAAAGCAGUCACACAUGAGGAUUCAGUUAGAUCAAGAUUCCUUCAAGUACGCCAACCCAGCAUUGACGCCAGAUCAAACCUUCGCCAUCAACUACCGUUCUGAUGCCGUCGAGGGACCUCCACUGAAGGCGCACCAUCUCAACAUCGGAGGAACACCUUCUGCGCCUUCUAUUCUCCGUUCCAUUCCUCCCGUCGCGCAACAAACACAUGUGGUCUACACCAAGAUCCAAAAAAUGGCCCGAUAUUCCAACAAGCCAUUUGGUUACUUCAAUCAAACUACCUGGAAGCCCCAGCAAGAUCCACCCGUUCCAUUGGCCUCUAUACCACGAACUAAAUGGGACGCAAACCAAUUCGCAAUAACUACAGGCCCGGAGCCUGUAUGGAUAGACCUGGUAAUCAACAAUCUAGAUGAAGGAUCGCAUCCCUUCCACCUGCAUGGUCACCACUUCUACAUACUUGCAGUCUACCAAGCCGAAUUUGGCUGGGGCUCCUACAAUCCCUUCAUUGACAAAAUCCCACCACACCUGCAACCUGACUCAGGUGCAUUGAGAAAUGACACAGAUGACGCCGAGAAGCCGAACACUGGUUAUAACGGCGGUCUGUACGACACAUCCCGGGCUGCUUUGCGUGACACAGUCCGGGUCCCAAGUCGCGGCUAUGCUGUUCUCCGCUUGCGGGCAGACAAUCCCGGCGUUUGGCUUCUGCAUUGCCAUAUGCUUUGGCAUUCGGCGACUGGUAUGGCCAUGUUGAUUGAUGUGCAGGGCGAUCCGGCGGGAGUGGAUGCGCACGCUGGCAACAGAGAAUUAUGUCCCCCUUCUUGA